AUGGCCAUCGACAAGGUGGACGCCAAGGCGAGGGAGAAGAUCGAGGCCGUUCGCAAGCUGCUGCGCAAGCAGGCGCCGCUCUCCGCGAAGCAGGCGCAGUACUGCAACGACGCGUGCGUGGAGCGGUUCAUGCGGUCGCGGGGGGAGAGCGUCAAGAAGGCGGCGAAGCACCUGAGGACCGUCCUCUCAUGGAGGGAGACCGUCGGAGCUGAUCACAUCAUGGCCGACGAGUUCUCCGCCGAGCUCGCCGACGGCGUGGCCUUCGUCUCCGGCCACGACGACGACGGCCGCCCAGUUGUGGUGUUUCGAAUCAGGCAGGACUACCCCAAGUUCCACCCGCAGAAAUCGUUCGUGCGGCUGCUGGUGUUCACGCUGGAGGUGGCCGUGGCGUGCAUGUCCCGGUUCGUGGACCAGUUCGUCCUCCUCUUCGAUGCAAGCUUUUUCCGCUCGGCGUCGGCUUUCCUCAACCUGCUCAUGGGCACGCUCAAGAUCGUCGCCGACUACUACCCCGGCCGCCUCCACCGCGCCUUCGUCAUCGACCCGCCCUCCCUCUUCUCCGUCCUCUGGAAGGGAGUGCGGCCGUUCGUGGAGCUGGCGCCGGCGACGGCAGUGGUGUGCUCCCUGGACUUCGAGGACUCGCUGGAGGACGCCUCCUUCACGGCGUACCCGCGGACCGCGUCGCUGCGGUACGAGCCGGCGGUGGCGGCGGCGGCGGCCGUCGUGGGGAAGGCCGGCGUGGGGUCGGCCUCGUCGCGGUUCUCCGUCACCCCCACCGACAACCCCAUCAAGCCGUGGUACCUCUCCACCAUCCCCACCUCGGUGGGCUCCCGCUCCGUGGUGCCCACCUCCAGCAGCCCGUCGCUGGUCGGCGCGUCCCCGCUCUCCGCGCGCUCCUUCUCCUUCGCCUCGCCCGCCACGCUGCGCUCGACGGCCGCCACGCCGCCGCCGUUCCCGCGCGGCGCGGGUGCGCCACUGACGCCGUCCUCCGCCGCCAAGGGCCCCAACAAGACCCCGCCGCCGACGCCAGUGCAGCAGCCGCAGCAGUUCCCGCGGACGCCGCGGCCGUCGUUCCUGCAGUCGCCGUCGAUGCUGUUCGCGUUCCGGAAGGACGGGCAGGCCAGCCGUGUGGAGCGCGAGCGCGAGUCCUUCCUCCCGUACCUGCGCUUCUACCGCCGGCCCUACGACGAGAUCUCCUACCGCGCCAAGAUGCGCCCGCCGCUCGGCGGCCUCAUAUCCAUCGUCGGCGACAAGUUCAAGCAGAAGCCGGUGCAGCAGCCGCUGCGUCGGCACGCCGGGCUCCACCACCAGCAGCACCACCACCAUUACCAACAGCAGCAGAGGAUCUGA